UAGUCGUGCCCGCUGCGACUCGCCUCGCGCUGCUCCAGCCCUAAAGAUUAAAUCUUGUCGUAAAAGCGGGCUGUCGUGAUUUUGAAAAUGGGGAAGCUAGUCACUAUUUCGGUUGUAAUUGCAGCGGUAUCUGUGCUGCUCGGAGAGAGGCUUUUCAAUUUAAGCAAAAGGAGUCUCGCCUUUAGGGAGGUUGUUCAGAAUCACCUGCCUAACUGUGUUGCACUGAAAAAUCUAGAUUAUGGGUCGGAAGAUAUAACCAUCCUCGGAAAUGGACAUGCUUUAAUUAGUACUGGGCUCAAGUAUCCUGGGCUGCCAUCCUCAGAUUUGCCUGGGAAAAUCUUCUUUCUUGAUCUGCAAGAUCCUCGUCUGAAACCGGUGGAGCUGCGUAUGCCAUGGAACUUUGACCUGGAGUCAUUUAACCCUCAUGGCAUCAGUUUAUACACCGAUCCAACUGAUAACACGGUGUACCUGUUUGUUGUCAAUCAUCCUCAACACAAAAGCCAAGUUGAGCUGUUCAAAUAUGUAGAGGAUGGCCUUUCCCUUGAGCAUCUGAAAACCAUAAAACAUGAACUUCUCCACAGUGUAAAUGAUAUUGUUGCAGUAGGAGUGGAAAGCUUCUAUGCCACCAACGAUCACUAUUUCUCUCACGAAAUCCUUAAAACUUUGGAGUUGCUUCUACUUCAGCCUUGGACCAAUAUUGUGUACUACAGUCCUGAGAAGGUAAAAGUGGUCUCAGAGGGUUAUUACAGUGCAAAUGGAAUCAACAUUUCUCCAGACAAAAGGCAUGUUUAUGUGGUAGACUUAUUUGACCACCGUGUCCAUGUGUUGGAGCGGAAACACGACAACUCGCUGUCCUCUGCAAAGACUGUACCUGUGGGUUCACUCUGUGACAACGUAGAAGUUGAUCCUGAAACUGGUGACCUGUGGUUGGGCUGUCACCCUAAUGGAAGGAAAGUUUUCCUGUUCGAUCCUAAAGACCCACCUGGAUCAGAGGUCAUCCGCAUCCAGAAUGUUCUUUCUGAUCAGCCAGUGGUGACCCAGGUGUAUAUGGACGAUGGCCACGAGAUUAUGGGCUCUUCUGUGGCAACUACCUAUGGCGGGAAGUUGCUCAUUGGCAGUGUGUUCCACAAAGCUUUAUGCUGUGAUUUUAAGUAGGCAAUGCCUCUUUGGUGUCUAUAAUGCAGUUCAGUAGAAGAAAUAAAAAUAUAUGUUUACCUCUUUUCAGACAGGGUGCCUGUGAACGAUUGUAUGCAUAUGUACGGUUGGGCGGGUUUGUGAAAAGUGAAACUAUUGUAAUCAGGAUCGGAUAGCAGACCAGAGGAUGCCCCAGAAAAACCUGGAGGAAGGUAGUGUCUACUGGAACCAAGAAGGCAUCAAUGUGUUUGAGAGUUACACAGAAAUUUAACAAC